UAACCUUAUCAACCUGUCGCCUUAAUUCUGUCAAGAUAUGUAUUAAUUUUUUUAAACAUCUGGCAAAAUUAGAAAUAGUUUUCACACCAUAAUACUAACGUCUUAUAAAUAAGCUCUAGCUGCCGGAAAAAAUUAAAAUAUACACUUACUUGUCGUGUAGAUUGUCAAAAUUGUCCUAUUUAUAUUGGUCGUACCUUUCGACUUUCAAGAAUUCCAUCAUUCUUGAAAUCUCCAUAAGAUCGAUUAAUCGUAAUCGCCAAGAAGGAUGGCUCGAGGACAGCAGAAAAUUCAAUCUCAAGCUAAGGCUGCUGAGAAAUUAUCCAAAUUAAAAAAACAACAAGGCCACAGUGCAACAGAUCAGAAGAAGGCUGCUCAAAAAGCUCUUGUUCAUGUCUGUGCCAUUUGCAAGGCUCAAAUGCCAGAUCCCAAAACAUACAAACAACAUUUUGAAAACAAGCAUCCCAAAAAUGAGUUACCAGAAGACCUGAAGGCACUUUAAAUGUGAAAUAAAUUAUUUUUCAUCAUGACACCGACAGUUAGCGAAAGAAGAAUAAGAAAGUGUAACUGUUAUAACUUGAUGUAUUUAUCUGUUGGUUCAUUACUGCCAUAUCUACAUCUGUAUUAAAUGCAAACAAUCAAUCAUUGAAUUGUAUUAGAUAAGAAAUCAUUCCACAUUGUUCUUUGGAAUAAUAAUGUUGGUGUCAUGGUGGUGAUCAACAACUUUUUUUUUUAUUUAGAUUUAAUAUCAUCUUUUUUAUGUUAAGAAUAGCAAAAGUACUGUAUUUCUUACAAUAUGCAUUUGGUUUUUCCGUCGAAUUUAUUGUAUGUAUUAACAUCGUGUUGAGGUCGAGGCGUCUAAAGACGAUACGAUCGAGCAGCAACAGCGUCUCGACCGCAUCGUCGAGCGCUCUCCAUCUGCACACGUGUACGGUAUUAAAUUAAAAUAUACACGUUAUUUAAUUAAA